AUGACAGUUACUUUAAAGUUGGAGCAAAACUUCUUGCCUGUUAAAUAUACCGAAAGCUUGAUUGGCGAUAAACAGCCGAUGAACGUAAUCUUCAUCAAUUGCGAAAGAGACGUGGAGAAAGUGAGAAAUUUAUCAAAAGAUUUAAGCCUCUAUGGAAACAUAAAUCUGGUCCUAUUUGUGAAAGGAUUUGAAUCUUCAUUGAUCACAACAUGCACCAAUCCAGUUGGGAAUCCAUUCCUUCUAAGCGAAAGCGCUUCAUUCUUUGUCAAAUGCUACGAAGACAUUGUAAUUCGAGAAUGGUACGCUUUUGAUAAAAAUAAACUGGAAAUUUACGAAAGGGUGACUUGGGAACCAGAAAGAAGACUUAUUCUUAAAUCGAGGAAAUUAAUGCAAAGCGAUAAUGAUAGUGUGAAUGGAAAACUUCUGCGUAUUGGAAGAUUUUUGAUAUCUGAGAAAUACGACAAAUACUUCGAUGAAUUAUUUCUUGCCCUGAAUUUGGCUGGCAAUUUUACGACUAAGAUUAAUGAAGUCAAAGGAAAUGUUCGCAGCGGGUCUUGGAACGCAAGCAGCCAGACAUGGUCAGGUGGUAUGGGCCUCAUUCAAAAUCGUGAGAUUGAUAUUUUAGGAUACGUAAUGCCGCCAUAUCCAAGAAUUUUAGAUUCAGCUGAUUUAACUGUAGCUCUACAAAAUAUUGAUUUAUGCAUUUAUAUUAGAAAGCCAACAUCUAAAGUAGGAAUUUUGUGGGCUGGUUAUUUAAAGCCAUUUACUUACCAAACUUGGUGUGCUAUGAUUGGGGUUUUUAUAGUCACUGUGACUCUUCUAACAUUCUUGAGACUCAAAGUAGAAAAUGGCUUAUACCACGGUGCCAUUUCGGAAAACUUUUUACAUGUUUGGGGAUGUUACUUUCAACAAGGAUUGCCAGAAUUUCCGGAAGCUUUACCUCUGCGAAUAUUUUAUUAUUCAACAAUAAUUUUUGGAUUCUUCAUGUUUGCUAUUUACUCAGCAUCUUUUGUAAGUGAAUUAACUGUACUUCAGGAUAAUUUACCUUUCAAAUCAUUGGAAGAAUUUGUGAAAGAUAAAUCCUACAAGCUAGCAACUAAUGCUCCUCUCUUUUAUGAUGAGCGCGUGAUAGAUCCAAUGUUGACGGCAAUACAAAAGAAGCUCAUCAAGAGGGACAAAGCACCAAAAAACACACAAGCUGCUUUAUACCUGAUUUGUAGCCAAAAAGUAGCACUUUUUAGUGUUGACUUCAUUACCACUCGGCUAUCGGCCGAUAUAAAAAUACCGUGCAGAUUGGUAAAAAUUAACCUUGAAAGGACCACAUAUUUCCGUAUGGCUAUGCCCAAGAAAAGCCCGUAUAUAAAGGCGAUUAAUUACUACAUCAUAAGACUCAGAUCAAAUGGUGUAUUGAAGCGAAUUGAGUUAAAGCUUCGAGAUAGCAUCGACAAACACAUUUCCACAAUAAAUGAACCAACGGAACAAAAGUUUCAGCCUGGAACCAUUUUGGAUGUAGCAUCACUUUUGGCGGUGUUUUUUGGAAGCUUGCUUUUGUCUAUCCUGAUAAUAUUUUUUGAAAAAAUGUAUUUGGCAGUUCAUCAGAGCCAAUCUCUUCAAAUUUCAACACGCUUUUGCCGUAAGGCUGCCCGAGUUAGAAAAUUAAAUUGGAAUAUAAAAUGACAGAAUGUAUAUCCAAGAAAAAAGUAUUUUGAUAAUUUUAGAGCACUCACUUCAUAUAUUG